CCUGUUGAUUAUGAUGCCAAACCCAAUUCAAAAUACCUGCAACUUUCAGUAAUGUGUAACAUCGAUCAUUUGAAAUGAUAGCAUUAAAAAUUAUUCACUAAUUGAAUGUUUCUCACUUUUUAUGGCAAGUCUGUCUUUACUUAAACAUGAAUCCUUUUACAACAGCCGUCGCUGCAGGCGCAUUAAGAAAUAGAAAAAAAGAAGAUAAGACGAAUGGGUGUGUAGAUGAAAACAAACAUGAGCAAAACCGCGACAAUGGAGUCAACAAAAGUAGUGAAGACAAGAAAAACGAGAAGAAUGGAAAAGAAUGCCAUAUCUUAUAAACACUGCGUUGGGUAAAAAAUAACUGUAAAAACUGUGGAGGUUUAGAAUUAGUCUAGUAUAUUGUUUUUAUUUAUUGCAUUGUAAUGAGCAAAGACUUUAAAAAAUCUUUUUCUAAAAUUUCUGACAAAGCUGUAAGUGGUAAAAAAUCUUUAAAAAAACUCUGUGUAGUGUGAAUGCAAAUUUUGAUAAUAAGGUAAAUCAGUUUUAUAGGUCAUACACUUGUCGCAUGUCCAUCCAGUUUGUAAAUAGUAAAUAUGUUAUCUUCUAUGCAUAUGUCUGCUAGUUUCGCCAGCGGCUACAUGAUUGAAUGUACAGGUGCAAAAAAUCUUUCCCCCUCCCACAUAAACGACAAAAGGACAAAACUUAUAAAUUGUUCUCCUUUAUUUCGCAUACAAUUUCGCAUCGCGAUCAAGUUUAGUUUUUGUUUCCGAAUGAAUGCUCCUGGUAGUUUAUCCAAUAAACUUGCCAAACUAUGUUAAAACGCGUCUAUUUACCGAGAACUUUCAAUUUCAUACCGAAAUACAGCUUAGGUGUGAAUUACACAACAAUUUAUAACAGGAUCCAUGGAGAAAAUAAAAUGAGUGGAGCGAUUACGAAGCAGCCAAAGCGAAAGUAUUGUCUGAUUUCUUUAAUUUACCAACAAAGAAAACUUUCACUACAUCCAAAAAAAAUACCGUGGUUAGCAAAUAGUCGAUUAUAUCAGAGAGGCACGAGAGCAGGAAGGCCUAUAUCAUGGAAAAGCAGGAUGUGGAUUGCCUUUCGAGGGGUUUUCAUCGCUACUGGAGGCCUUGUGUGGUUGGUACUUAUUGUUGGUUAUUUUGCUUUGGAUAGGAUAACUGUUGAUAUAUUAGACAGUGAUAAAAAUAUGGGAGCUUAUGCUCUACAAAAGAAACUGUCAGAACAUUUCUUCAAAGAGACAGAUGAAGAGGCAAUCUUAGUGAAGGACAAUGCCCUCGAAAAUAUAUGGCACAAAUUAAGUGAAGAAGAACGAAUUAAGGAGAUAUUUGGGCAGCCUGUGUUUAUUUGCGGUUAUAAUUAUGUCCAAGGUAAGGAAGAUGUGGAAAGGUUACAAAAAUCCUUCAGUAAGAUGAAAAUAGAAGAUAGCAAAAUGACUAACUCAACAGACGAUUUUGAAACAUCGGUGAGGGCAUCUGUGUGGGAAGCUGAAUGUUAUGUCCAAGGUCCAAAAACUUUAGGUCAGAUGAAAGUUGUCUUUCAAAAGUUAAACAAUGAUUGGGUUCCUGUUUCAUUACACCUUGAGACACUUGACAAAACUGGUUUGGUGGUGAGUAAUGUUUCUUCAUCAUUACCUAAUGGCAUCAAGAAUUUUACAAGGCUAUCUAACCUUUGACUUUAGCAAAAAAGAAGUUAUACUUUGAAAACAUUCUUAUUCAAUUGCAUGAUUACUCACCUUGCACUCACACAAUUUUCCCUAUGUAAGAUACUUUAUGUAAUAGAAAAUAGUAUUUUCGGUGAUUUUUAAAAUCAAUUGAUUUUAAUUCAUACAUAUAAAUAUAAUUAAUAUUACAACACAAAAUGUUUGUAGUAUUAUGUAACAGGUAUAAAUAAUGAUGAACAGUGAACAUGUAUGAAAAUGCCA